CUCCUCAGCUCAUUUACUGACAGAGGACACGCUGUCUUUAGCAGAACAGUCUGAGAGAGGCACACGUGCAGGGAAAGGAGAGUCAGCGGAGCACGCAGACAGGCAAAAGGGGAGACAGACGUUGGGGGAGAAACAAAGAGAAGAAAGCUGGAGCGGCGGCACAAACAGGGAAGGGAAAGGAUGAAAAGAGAAGGGAACGAUGAAGAGCUGGACGCAUCAUCUGUUGACAGAAGACAGAAGCAUCAUGGGCUUUCAACGGAGAGCACCCUGCGGUAAGAGGCGCGCUAUCCCUCCUGAAUGGUGAAUCCAUGGGUUCUUGCAGAGUGGCAUCCACCAAUCCCUGACCUCUAAAAAGUUCCACAAAACUAAAAUACAUUUUUUUGGAUGGAAAAUAUUUCAGUUCCACAUCUUGACAGUUUUCAAGAAUCAUGCAAACUCCAGCUUCCAUGGUGAUGGGGAUUGUUUUUUCCCCCUUGGGACUGGUCCUCGUCUUCACGGCUGCCAUCACCCCUCAGUGGAGGGAAGGCCACGCUCGUCUGACCGUAUCAGGGACUGGAUCGUUUCUUCGAGCAAAAGGUCAAGGGACGAGGUCUGGGUCGGCGGAGGUGCUGCUCCUGCGCUCUGAUGGACUGUGGGAGAGCUGCAUGCAGGUGGAGCACUCAGAGCUGAGACAGUGCUGGCCCAUCACCGGACCAUAUCAGCGCGAUCCCCGCGUUCGUCUGGCACAGGGUUUGGUGCUCACCUCCUUGUUCCUGUGUGGCAUCGGGAUCGUCCUGGCCUGUAUUGGGGUCAGGUGCUGGACUGAUCUCCCCCUGAGAGGGGUGGCAGCCUCAGGGGGGAUUUUGGUGGUGUUUGCAGGGCUUCUGAGCCUCAGUGCAUUAGGGGUUUACACCCACAACCUGAAAAGACUCGGGACGGAUCCCAGCCAAAGAGUCAGCAACCCUAAGCUUCCCCAGCUCAGCCUGAACCCAGCCGGCUCCCUUUACUUUGGUUGGCUGGGUUCGUGUUUACAGGUGGUGGGAGGAAGCGCUCUGCUGUUUUGCUUUAAGCAACCGAGGUGCCCAACGUGUCCGUCACGCCCAGAACAAACUGUCUGUCCCGCCUGUCGUUCAUGUCCAGAAAUUACCAGCAAAACAGACAUGGACGUGUAUGAGGUCAGCUGUUAGAAAAUGACAGUAAGUUGUAAAAUCAGGUCGCUAAAAGAGUAAAAAGUAGGAUUGGGAGAAUCAGAAAAAUGAAAAGAAGGGAUAAAUUGAAGUGUUUGGAAGAUAAAAGUUAAGGAGAAAGAAUUAAGAGCUAAUAUCCUUUAACUGAAACAUGCAGUAAAAUACACAAAUUUUAUUUACUUCUUUUUGUUUCAGUACUUUUGGAGAAAAUGCACAUUUUUGUGACCAAUCACAACAAGGAUAUUUUCUUCGAAAUCAAGAAUUUCAAAUUAAAAUGACAGAUCCCACUUUGAAAAGUACAAUGAUCUGGAUAUUUCCUAACAUUAAGGUAAGCUUUUGAUUAGAGUUCUUGAUCGGUUAAAAUUAGCCUAUUGACUAAUGACAUGAUUAUUUAAGUAGAUCUGUAAAAGCCUUUUUUUAAUUGACAUACUUGGACAAAAACAUGAUGCCUUGAAUAAAACAUAUGUAUUUUUGUAGCACAAAGCAGAAAUUUGAAUUAAAAAAAAAAACCCAAAAAA